AUGCCUGUGCCGACGAUAUUCUACCUCUUUGAGCAUGGUCCGCCCCAGUGGCUCCGCGAUCGGGCCGUGCCCAUUACCAUUGCCAUUGCGACGCUGACUCUGCUCUACCUGAUCAAGCGCUACACGGCGGGCACGACCUACGAGACGAACAAGCCCAUGCACGGCAAAGUGGUCAUGAUGACGGGCGCGACGUCCGGGGUCGGCGCCGAGGUGGCCUUUGAGCUCGCGCGACGCGGCGCGCAGCUGGUGCUCCUCACGCACGCGCCCGUGUCGGACCCCUUUCUCGCCGACUACGUGCAGGAGCUGCGCGACCGCGCGGACAACCAGCUCGUCUACGCCGAGCACGUCGACCUCGCGAGCCUCCACAGCGUCCGCAAGUUUGCGACGGCCUGGAUCGACAAUGCGCCCCCGCGCCGCCUCGACAUGGUGAUCCUCUGCGCGUCCACUAUGACGCCGCCCGGCGGCCGUCGGCGCGAGGUGGACGGCGGCGGCGGCGGCAUCGAGGUAGACGCCGGCAGCGGCGUCGAGGAGAUGUGGAUGGUCAACUACCUGGCCAACUUUCACCUGCUGGGCAUUCUGAGCCCCGCGAUCCGCGCUCAGCCGUUUGACCGCGAGGUCCGCGUCAUCAUGGCUACCUGCUCGUCAUACAUUGGCGCCCCGUCGCUGCGCGAGGCCAUGAUGCCCGAGAACUGGACCCCGUCGAGGGCGUACGGCCGCAGCAAGCUGGCGCUCAACGUCUUUGGCCUGGCGUACCAGAAGCACCUCGACGCGUACAAGCGACCCGACGAGAUGCCCAUGACGGCGCGCGUCGUCUUUGCCGACCCCGGCCUGUGUCGAACACCGGGAACAUUGCGAUGGCUAACACGAGGUUCCCUCACCGGGCUAGUCUUUUACGUCUUGGGCUACUUUUUCCCUUGGCUCUUGUUCAAGUCUGCAAACGGCGGUGCGCAGUCGAUUCUCUACGCGGCCAUGGAGUCGGAUCUGACGAGAAAAUCUGGCGGCCGCCUGAUCAAAGAAUGCCGCGAGGUGGAUCUUGCGAGGGCCGAAAUCAAGGACGAGCAGCUAUCCAAGAAGCUCUGGGAGGAGAGCGAUGCGCUGAUUGAAGAGACGGAGAAGAGACUUGCCAAGCAGCGGGCGCAGGAAAAGGCUAGCGAGGUCAAGAAUGAAGAGAAGAAAAAGGAGGAGGAGCAGGUCAGGGAGAUUGAGAGCCUCAUGGCUGCGGUGAAAAAGGGAAAGGCGCAGCAAAAGGAAAAAGGAAAUGAGAAAAAGGGCGGCAAAGCAAGAAGACGGGUCAAAUAG